AUGAGCCCUAUCAAACGUGUUGGUGGUGCGGCUGAACCAGCUGCACAUACCGUGGUGGUCGACGACCAUCACCUGGAAGAAAAGUCGGCAGCGCCUGCGGAGGCGAUCGAGAAGAUGCUAGCCAUGCUAGGAGACCUGUCCGAAAGGAUGAACCGGAUGGACGUCUCCCAGAGAGAGCAAGGCGGCAAGAACUGGAAGGGCUCACCCGAGUCGAGUAUCGCCAGUCGGCAACAGGAGGUCGGGGCAGGGAUUAAUCUCCAGACUUUGGACCGUACCCCUCCUAAGGAAUCCCCAAACGUGUCACCAGCAACCUAUUUCGGUAUUCGGCGACAACAACAGGCAGGUGUUGAAGGUCCUCACGCGAGAAAAGCAGAGGAAGGAGUCAACAUGGGUCAAGCACCCGUCCCUGGGAUAUACCGGGCAGGUUUGCCUGAAGGACGCUACCCCGGUAUGUGUAUGCCUAUCGGGGUGUGUGUUUACCCUGGGCAGCCGGGAGUCGGCAUGCCGGACGCGCAACAGCGGAAGCUGGCAUUGCAACCUUUCGACGAAAAGGAGCUCUACCACGGCCUUGGCUGUAGAUUCAUGGAGUGGGGCAAAGAAUUUGUCAGACAAGUCGGGUUUGCUGAGCGAGCGUGUGGUUUCGUGUGGCCAGAUGACAUCAAGGUUGAUGUUCUAGGUCAGCACCUAGCCGGCAAGGCACAGAUCUACUAUCGUCGUCAAGUGGAAACGUGGUGGUUUGAAAACCAAACCCUGGAACAUGCGAUGCAGAGACUACUGCAGACCUUCACGACGAAGAUCUCGCCAGCACAAAGCAUGAAGUUGUUCACAGCACCCAAGGCAUCCCAUAGAAACUGGACAGACCAUUUUCUGUACUUGAAGGCCGUCAGUGACGCCUGUGGAGGUGCAUACAACCUUGUGCUGGACAACAUCGUCCAUUAUGCUGACCCACACAUGCGAACGACGAUGUUGUCCAGAUUGGACAUUCAUCGCACCGAUUACCUGCGGCAAGCAGAUGAGUUGGCGCAAUUUGCCCAAUCGACGGAGGUGGAUACUCACUCGAAGAGUUUGGACGCGAUGUGGUGA